AUGCUUAGAAGAGUUCCAGGAAUACUCACUAGAUUCAGACCAAUAAGUACAAUUAGAAAUAUGUCAGCUGUUCCAUACAAACAACCAGAACAUAAAUUGACGAUGAUUCCAGGGCCAAUUGAGUUCAGCGAUGCUGUCCUCUAUGCUAUGGCAACGCCAUCGCAGGCCCAUACUUCUCCAGAAUUCGUUAAAACGUUCCAAUCGGCGUUGAAAAAUUUGAGAAAGUUAUUUAAGUCUACAGAUUCUAAUGCCCAACCAUAUGUCCUUUCAGGCUCUGGUACAUUAGGAUGGGAUGUCGUAGGAGCUAACUUGAUCAAUCCAGGUGACAAAGUGUUGGUAUUAUCUACUGGUUUCUUCUCGGAUUCUUUUGCUGAGUGUUUGAAAGUUUACGGUGCUUCGGUCGAUGUUAUCACCGCCGAUAUUGGUGGUGUGGUUCCAUUAGAUGAAAUUGCCUCGAAAUUGAAAUCUGACAAAUACACUGCAAUUACUAUCACUCAUGUCGAUACCUCGACAGCUGUUGUUAGUGACGUCUCUGCUAUUUCAAAUCUCGUUAAAAAAGAGUCACCAGAAACCUUGAUUGUUGUUGAUGGCGUCUGCUCUAUCGGAGUCGAAGACUUAGAAUUCGAUAAAUGGGGCAUUGACUUUGCUCUUACUGCUUCUCAGAAGGCAAUUGGUGUUCCAGCCGGUUUGUCGAUCUUUUAUGCUUCGGAGAGGGCAGUCUCAAAAGCUCUCAACAGGGAAAAAGAUUCUUCAUUCUUUGCUUCGCUCAAGAAAUGGACUCCAAUCAUGAGGGCUUACGAAAGUGGUUCCGGUGCUUACUUUGCUACUCCUGCGGUGCAAACCGUUACAGCAUUGAAAGUUUCAUUAGAUGAGAUCUUUGUUGAAUCUUUGGACGAGAGGUUUGCUAAACAUGAGCAGGCUUCUACUAAAUUCAAGCAAGAAUUAAAGAAAUUGGGUCUUAAAAUUUUACCUGUAAGUGAUAAAGUUGGCGCCCAUGGAUUGACAGCUGUCUUUUUCCCUGAUGGCGUUAAUGGCGGUGAUUUUCUUACCAAGUUAUCUGCUAAAGGCUUCACUGUUGCUGGAGGAAUCCACAAGGCUUUGCCAGGUAAAUACUUCCGUGUUGGUCAUAUGGGGGUUUCUGUUUAUGAGGGACAUGUUGAUAAAGUUUUCAAGGCCAUCGAGGAAACAUUAGCUGAACUUGGUUAUAAAAAGUAA